CAAGUUAGCCAACAAUGUAUUUACUGUAUUCAUAUUUGGUGGCGCUAACGCACUUUUAAGAUAGUUUGCCAACCACUCAUAAACGUAGAAGAAGACGGUAACCCGGAAGUAGGUACAUGUCACGUGUCUACACUGUGAGAGAAAAAUGUCUGCCGGUGUUGCGACGAAGAGACCAAAAAUGUCUUCUGCUCAGCCGGAUGACAGAGUAGACUGGAAGAAAAGGAAAGAGGAAUUCAAGGAGGCCAAGAAGAAGAGGAAAGAGGCCAAGCUGAUCAAACAGCUGGAAAAGCAGAAAAAAGAGGAGCUGGCCAAGAGCGAGAACGCUGAGCAGGAGCACAAAAAAAAAGGUCGAGCCUACACGGUGAGCGUGGCUCUGCCGGGCUCGGUUCUGGACAACGCUCAGUCCGCCGAACUCCGCACCUACCUGGCGGGACAGAUCGCCCGCGCCUGCGUCAUCUUCUGCGCCGACGAGAUUGUCGUGUUUGACGAGGAGGGCGAAGAUGUUACGAGCGUGGAAGGUGAGUUUAAAGGCGUCGGGAAGAAGGGACAAGCGUGUGUCCAGCUGGGCAGAUUACUGCAAUACCUCGAGGUUCCCCAGUACCUGCGCAAGAUGUUCUUCCCAAAGCAUCAAGAUUUGCAGUAUGCGGGACUUCUGAACCCUUUGGACAGCCCUCACCACAUGAGGAUCGACGAGGAAUCGGAAUACCGCGAAGGCGUCGUCCUGGACAGGCCCGCCAAAGCCAAUAAAGGUUCUUUGGUCAACUGCGGCAUGAGGAAGGAAGUGAGGAUCGACAAACAGUUGCAGGCGGGACUGCGAGUAACCGUGCGGCUCAACGCGUCGCAGAAGCAAGGUGACGCUCAAUUCGACCCAAAAAUGGCUGAAAGGAUGUCCUGUGAUGCUUUGAAAUCACGCGUCUUCGUCUGUCUGGCUUAUCCUCCAGAAAGCAAAACGUACAGAGGGACGGCGGUGGCUCCUCACGUGCCCACCACGGAAGCGGGGCUCUACUGGGGCUACAGCGUCCGCCUGGCGUCCUGCCUCAGCGCCGUGUUCACGGAAGGUCCGUACGAGGACGGCUACGACCUGACGGUCGGGACGUCGGAAAAAGGCAGCAGCGUCGACGAGGCCUCGCUGGCGCCGUUCAAGCACCUGCUGGUGGUCUUCGGAGGCCUGCGGGGGCUGGAGGCCAGUCUGGACGCCGACCCCAACCUGGACGUCUCGUGUCCCAGCGUCCUCUUCGACCAUUACCUCAACACGUGCCCCGUCCAGGGCAGCCGCACCAUUCGGACUGAGGAAGCGAUUUUGAUCUCCAUGGCGACGCUGAGGCAGAAGAUAGCGACCGCCUUUUCCAGUGCUUGAAAAUGAGCCACGGUAAAACACGACACCCGCUUGUAGGUGGCGCCGAUCCUCUGGAUGGAUCUGUACACGGUGGCUUUGGAGUCCUUGGUCAUCUUGUUCGGGGGCCCCCAGAAGAUGACGGUGCGUUCGCCGCCGGCUUCGAC